UUUCUCAUCCCUCACAAAGAAGCUUGGAAGAAUUUAAGGUAGAGGCAAACCUUAUAAAAAUGAAGAGUGCUUAUUUCCUCGUAGCUUUUGCCCUAUUGGCUUUUGCUUCCUCCUUUGUUUCUGCCUAUGACCCCAGCCCUCUCCAAGACUUCUGUGUAGCCAUCAAUGACACCAAGAACGGAGUGUUUGUUAAUGGGAAGUUUUGUAAGGACCGAGAGCUCGUCGUAGCAAACGAUUUCUUCUAUUCAGGGCUUGACGAGCCAGGAAACACAUCCAGUGCUGUUGGAUCAGCCGUUACCCCGGUAUCUGUUGAACAACUUUUGGGACUUAACACUCUUGGCGUAUCCCUAGCUCGUAUUGACUUUGCACCUUAUGGUGGCCUUAACCCGCCCCACACUCAUCCUCGAGGAACUGAGAUUCUAGUAGUCCAGGAAGGCACACUAUACGUUGGCUUAGUCUCCUCCAACCAGGAUGGGAACCGUCUAUUUACUAAGGUCCUGAACAAGGGAGAUGUUUUUGUUUUCCCUAUUGGUUUGAUUCACUUCCAGCUCAAUAUAGGGAAAACUGCUGCUGUUGCUCUUUCAGCUUUUAGUACCCAGAAUCCGGGCACAAUUACAAUCGCCGAUGCCCUUUUUGGAUCCAAUCCAGCUAUUAAUCCUGAUGUUCUCACCAAGGCCUUCAUGUUAGAGCCGAAUGUUGUCAAGUACCUCCAGUCACGUUUUUGAAGCAAAAACGUUUAUCAUUGGAAGACUUGAACUAGCUAUGUUUUAUGUUUUAAUAGUUGAUUGUGUGGAUUGUCUUUGAGUGCUAUACCUCUAUUAAUUCUAUCAUUGUAUUCAAAUAAUACUCAUUACCAUGUAAUAAAGAGGUUGCUUAAUU